UCAUGGUGACCGAUGCUAGUUCCUAGUUGCUGAAAAGUUUUGCAAGUAUGGAGCAAAUGGGUAUCCCUGAGAAUUUUGGCUCCCAGGAUAAAGUGUUGGAUCUGGAAAUCUGGGUGAAAGAGGUGCUCGAGCAGAGGCCUUCAAUAUCGGAUCAGCUCAGAGUAGGCCUCUAUACAGCAGACCAUGCUUCUCAAACAGAUCAGAGUGAAAUUUGUGCAAUACAAGAAAUGACAAAGGAGAUACAAACUCUUGUUAAGUCUUUUGAUUCUCUGAAGAAAGAUGUUGCUGUCCGUAAACAAAACCUUCAAGCUGACUACGAUCACAAGAUAGAAGCUCAAGCACUCAAACUCUAUAAGAGAAUAAAUGAUGCUGUGCAAGAUAUUGAAGAAGUACACAAAAAGAAAAUAUCAGUUCUGCGCAGCAGCUUCCAGCAGCAGUUAAUUGAUGCUCUUGCUGUAAUAACGGUAUAUUAUCAGAAUUAUUAUGCAAGAAGUAAAACCCAUUGUGCAUAUGAAGCAUAUGGAGAUAACAGGCAGAUAUUGGGGAUUCUUGAUGAAAAGGAUAAGAUAAUUAAGUCUUUGGAAGCACAGAUACUGGAAUUGGAAGAGAAGGAACAUCCUAAAGAGAUAAUUUUUGUAACAGAAGAUGACCCAGAAAAAGAGAGGCUUCAGGAAGAAAAUAAAGAGCUGAAAGGUGGAAUUGAUGCACUACAGGAAAAAGUAUUCCAGCUGGAAGAGCUAAUAAAUCAGAAAGAUAAACACAUUCACUCAUUGGAUUUGGAUGUGGGUGCCAUGAAAACCAAAAUGGAAAAAGACCAAAAGACCAUUGAGAAGCUUGUUUCAGAUCAAGAAAAGCUGAAAAUGGAACUAGAAAAUGAAAAAAGUGCUUCUGUUGCAUUGCUACAGAAGCAAAAAGAAGAGUUUGAAACCACCAUUAAAACAACAAUGCAGGAGAAAGAAAGUGAGCUACAGAAGCAAAAGGAAGAAUGGGAGAAAGCAUUUACUAUUAAAAUCCAGACAAAAGAAAGAGAGCAAGCGCUACUGCAGCAAGCACAUGAAGCUCAAAUACGAGAAGAAGCAGAUAAACAAAAAGAGUUAUUGGUCACCGAAAGAGAAAAAUUAAAAAGAGAACUAAAACAAAUGCAUCAACAGCAAAUAAAGGCAGUCACCAUGGAGACUUCAAGUACAGAUAAAGAUAAACUGUUUGCUCAGAUUACGAUGCUUUUGGCCCAUAAAGAAGAAAAUGAAAAUACCAUAAAACGUCUUCAGAAGGAGCUAGACCGGACGAAUAAAACUUGGGAGAAGAAGUUUGAUAUAUUAAAGCAAAGCUUUCACGCAAUUAAGGAUGAGAUGUUCCUUAGACAGUCGUUACAACGGCAGACAUUAAACCUUCACAAAGUAUCAGUCAGCUAUAUGCAGACUAAUGGUGGAACUCCUUUUGGUCCAACUCCGAAAAACAGCAUCUGUUUCUCCAGUGUACCUUUGCCCAAUAUAGGAGCUAGGAGUCCCUCUCCAGUGCCCAUGACUCAGUUUUUUGAGGGUUACAUGGGAGGACAUGAACAAAACACAUUCCCUGGUCAUGAAUUGGAAGUGGUUUCUGAUACCGAGGGAGAUCUGGAAGAUGUACCGUGUCUGCCACCUCCACCUCCCAACAGAAAUAAAGAAAAAGAAGCAAUCAGUAUUUAGUAGUUAAUUGAUAACCAAGUAAAUUAGAUUUCUAGACUUUCAUUGAUUUAUAGUCAUUGUGGCUGCAUUCAAAAAAUAAAAUUCUAAUAAAAGUU